AGCAAUUACUUCUUAGAAAGUCGGAUUUUUCCAGAAUGACCAUGUACAGGAGCAAACGCAGACAUCAGAGAUAUAUCAAUAUGGCAGGAGAACCCAAACCGUACAGACCAAAACCUGGAAACAAGAGGCCCCUUUCUGCACUGUAUAGACUUGAGUCAAAGGAGCCUUUCCUGUCUGUUGGUGGUUAUGUCUUUGACUAUGAUUACUACAGAGAAGAUUUCUACAAUCGGUUAUUCGACUACCACGGGCGUGUGCCUCCACCUCCGCGCACGGUGAUUCCGCUGAAGCGUCCCCGAGUGGCCGUCACUACGACGCGCAGGGGAAAAGGAGUCUUUUCCAUGAAAGGGGGGUCGAGAUCUACCGGCAGUGGGUCGUCUUCAUCAGGCUCUAAGUUGAAAUCAGAUGAGUUACAGACAAUCAAGAAAGAAUUAACCCAGAUCAAAACGAAAAUUGACUCCUUGCUAGGGCGCCUGGAGAAAAUUGAGAAGCAGCAGAAGGCGGAGGCAGAAGCUCAGAAGAAGCAAUUGGAAGAGAGUAUAGAGCUGAUCCAAGAUGAAUGUGUGUCAGAGAAUGCAGAUCACUCUACAGAGGAGCCUGCUGAAGGAGGGCCAGAUGCGGAUGGAGAAGAGAUGACUGAUGGGAUAGAGGAGGACUUCGAUGAAGAUGGGGGUCAUGAGCUGUUUCUACAGAUAAAGUGAUCUGAAGUAAUGAAUGAUGCCACAAAAGCAGAAAAGAGAAACUGUGACAACACCCAGAAAUGUGAAAGGAGGUUUCUUACUGGAUAGCAGCAUCUUUGGUUCAAUUUAUUAAAAAAAAAUACCCAAAUAAAUAAAAUGGACAGUAUUGUUCAAUUUUAGAAAUUCCAUUUCUUCUAUGUUCUAAGCUAUAUAAUUGUCAGGUUUUAUGGUUUAGAUUGUAAAUGUGUUUUCCCCUUUGUUAAUUAUGUUGUGUUUUUUUAAGUCUUAAAAGUCUUAAAAUGUGAAGGACAUUUAUGAACGGUAAGGGAGACACUGUAUACAAAUGUAUAUUUGUAAAAGCUAUUUUUAUGAUUAGCAUGUUUUACUGGUGAUCAUAUAUAAAGUCAGGUGAUAUUGCAAUUCUAUGUUUAAAGCUUAUUUCCAACAAUGUCAUGUAAGAAAAGAUACAUCGUAAGCUAGUUUUUAUAAUUUAUUUUUAAUUUAUAGUUUAAAGUACUUCAGAUCAUAAUGAUAAAAUACUUGAAAAUGUUAUAUUUCUGCCCUCCAUAAGCACCAUUUUUAUUAAUAAAGAAUGCAAAUAUUUCAGAUGUGAUUCCAUAGCUAAAGGACUCUGUUGCUUUGACCUGUGAUUAAAGUGAGCAUUCUCUACUCAACUGAAACAAUCCAAUUAUUACCCAAUACUUCAGUCUGGGUAGGAGAUCCCACAGACAGGUUUUAGUGCCAAUACAGGUGAAAACUAUAUUGGCAAGGAAAAGAUUGUCUUGUCUUUGGUUCCAAAAGUUUAAAUAGUGCGUAUAUCACUUCAUUUCAUCUCCUAUUACUAGGAACACUCCAUUCCCAAGCAUUGCAAGUGUUUUCCAGAUGCUCUUUGCUGUUGUCUUGUGCUGUGGAAAUGGAAGAAACCAUCUUCACAGACUGUAGGAGAACUCAGCAUAUAAUUUCUUAAUAAAUACUGUUUCUUUUAAAACAA